AUGGCGGAGCGGAUGAACCGCACGCUGGUGGAGAUGACGCGCUGUAUGCUCAAGGAAAGCGGUCUCGAAAAGUUGUACUGGUGCGAGGCACUAAUGACAGCGGCAGACAUCAAAAACAUUCUGCCGAACGCGUCGAACAAGAGCUCAAGCCCACACGAGAUGGUGUUCAAGAAGGUUCCGCGCAUCGAUCACAUGCGCGUGUUUGGUGCGCAAUGCUAUGCGCAUGUGGCGAAGGAGAAGAGGAAGAAGCUGGACGACUCAGGCCUGCGAUGUUUCUUUCUCGGCUAUGCGAAGGACCAAAAGGCGUAUCGGCUUCUUGACGCGGACGUUGGCUCAAUCGUGAUUUCAAGAAGCGUCACGUUCGCUGAGAAUUCUGUCUCGAAAAAAUCGAUAAGCAGAGACACGCGGGUGUUCGAUGUCAUUGAAGAAGAGGAAAGUGUGGAGGCGUCGCUACCCGAUGAUGAAGACAAACCAGCGCCGGUGACCGAAGAAGAGCUACGCACCCCACCACUUCGAGCGCAGAACAGCUCUCAUCCCGGACCAAGUGAUCGACCAAGCGACACCAUUCCUACGCGCGCAUCCAGCACACCCGGAAGAAAUGGAGAAGAAGAGUGGAUGGUGCGACCGGUUCGGAAGAAGCGCGGCGUGGUUCGCUACGAACAAGAAUUUCCAAGCCAUCGUCGCGGUCACUUCCAUUUGGACGACUACGAAGGUGACUUCGACUCUUUCUACUGUUUCUCGGCUGAAGAAGAUGGGGAACAAGCGUCCAGCUAUCAAGAAGUAAUGAAGAGCAGCUACAAGGAGCAGUGGCUACAGGCAAUGAAGAGCGAGAUGAAGUCGCUUGAAGAACACAGCACAUGGAAGCUUGUGGACAUGCCACCGGGCAAGAAGGCCUUAGGCUGCAAGUGGGUCUUCAAGAUCAAACGCGAUCCAAGUGGGGGAGAUCAUCAAGUUCAAGUCACGCUUGGUUGUUAA